AUGGCGUUUCUGGUACUUGGAUUUCUAGUUGCUCUCUUUCUAGGUGGAGACAACACAGAUGGCUUUGAGAGGCCUAUCUCCUUCCAAGUUAUUGUAAUCGAAUCGUUUUAUAACCAUUCCUGGGUACAGAGUCUUUGCUCAGGAUGGCUGGAUGAGUUGGAGACUCUUCGUUGGGAGAAGAACUCUGGAACCAUCGGAUUUCUGCAGCCUUGGUCCAGGGGUAAUUUCAGUAAUAACGAGCUUGCAGACUUGGAAAGACUUAUCAAUUUCAAAAUUGCUGCAUCUACUCAAGAAAUUCAGAAGAAUGUCAAUAAACUACAGUUUGAGUACCCUUUUGAGGUCCAGGUGACAAAGGGCUGUGAGCUGCAGUCUGAAGAGACCUCAGUGGGCUUUGUCCGGGUAGCUUAUCAAGGAACUGAUUUGCUGAGCUUGGAGAACAAUUCGUGGAUGCCAUCUCCACAGGGUGGAAGUAGGGCACAGAUUGCUUCCAGACUACUUAAUCUUUAUAAGCUUUACACAGCAACAGCACAGAAAUUCAUCAGUGACACCUGUCCACGUUUCAUUUGGGGACUUCUUGAAGCAGGCAAGGAGGAUCUCCAGCGACAGUUGAAGCCAGAAGCCUGGCUGUCCAGUGGCCCCAGUCCUGGUCCUGGUCAUCUGCUGCUGGUCUGCCGUGUGUCUGGCUUCUACCCAAAGCCUGUGCUGGUGACAUGGAUGCGGGGUAACCAGGAGCAGCCUGGCACUGAGCGAAGUGAUGUCCUGCCCAAUGCUGAUGGCACGUGGUAUGUCCGAGUAACCGUGGAAGUGACAGCUGGAGAGGCGGCUGGCCUGUCCUGUCGAGUGCAGCACAGCAGUCUGGGAGACCAGGACAUCAUCCUCCACUGGGAACGUCAAAAUUCCACUGGCUUCAUUGUCCUGGCAGUGAUACUGGUCCUGGCUCUUCUGGCUGGUCUUGUGUUUUGGUUAAGAAAGCUAUGGAUACACCAUGGCCCUCCACACAAUCUUCUGCAUGGAAAUGAGAACUCAGCAGCCCAAAGGCACAGGGAAUAA